GGCAGGGUAUACGUCUCUCAUGUUUAAAUCAGAAAAUUCCGUGAUUCCAUGUGAUGUUUUCCGUUUGUUUGACGGGAGUGACUAAGGAAUUCGCAAUGACUCGAUUUAAAGCGAAUUAGAAGGAAAAUACAUCGUUAUAUGUUGUUAUUGUAGGCAAAUGUAAAAAUAAGAUCGUCUGGUGUUUUGUUUUCAUGUAUUUAUGGACUUUUUGACGCUCGCAAAUCGGGUGUGUAAACUGUAAGAGUUGUGUGCUCGGUUGGAAAUUUGGAAAUUGGAUUUAUUGGGAUUUGGUCAUGCCGAACCAAACCGGCAGCGGGUUCCAGUGGGAUAAACUGUCACCUGCAGAGUUCCAGCAGUUGCAAGAGUUGACUUCAUAUUCAAAUAGAAAAUUGCAAGAUGUGCUCAACGAGCUGUGUGAUGUUCGGAAACAGAACCCGGAUGGGGACAUCGACUAUGAAGGUUUCAAGUGGUUUCUCGACACCUUUCUCGAAGUAUCCACCCCUGAUGAACUAUCAAGACAUUUAUUCCUCUCGUUCGUCCGCCGUGACAAGCGACCAGCGUUACGGGAAAUGGCGGCUGCGAGCUCCACUGCCGCCUGCGCCGCUGUUACCGCACAUGGCGAUCAUCAGGGAAAGUUAAGUCUAGCUUCGAAGAUCCAUGGUCUGGCAGAAAGGUUGCAGCAGUUAGGGAAAAGCUCCAGUGACUCUGUGGAUGGAGAUAAGGGAUCCAGGAGUAGAACUGGCAGUGUACACCCAAUGUUCUCAGUAACGACCCAUCCCUCCUACUCUGCUCAUGAACUGGGCGUCGGCAGGAACGAGACCAGUCCUUCACAUAGUCAGAUGUCCAGGAACUCCAGCAGGAAGAGCAGCAACUCGCUUCGAGUUAACCAGUCUACUAAGAUCGAAGACUUUAAGCUCCUAAUGCGUCGCUCAUCGACUGUGGAAGUGCACACCGCUCGGGUUUCACUGAAGGAUAUCGUGUGUUACUUAUCCUUGCUGGAAGCUGGGAGGCCUGAAGAUAAGCUGGAAUUCAUGUUUCGCCUAUACGACACGGAUGGUAAUGGUGUAUUGGACACAAAUGAAAUGGACUGCAUCGUAAACCAAAUGAUGACAGUCGCGGAGUACCUUGGUUGGGAGACGUCAGAAUUACGACCCAUUCUCCAAGACAUGAUGGUAGAAAUUGACUAUGAUGCCGAUGGCACCGUCUCUCUUGAUGAGUGGAAACGUGGAGGAAUGACUACGAUCCCACUACUGGUACUCCUCGGUUUGGACACCAACGUCAAAGAGGAUGGAGAACACGCAUGGAGGCUUAAGCAUUUCAAUCGACCCGCCUAUUGUAAUCUGUGUUUGAACCUCCUAGUUGGACUUGGGAAGAAAGGGCUGUGUUGUAUUUUUUGUAAAUUCACCGUCCACGAGCGAUGCGUGCAGCGUGCGCCUGCGUCGUGUAUCGCAACGUACUGCAAAGCGAGACGAGCGCCCUCUACGCUCGCCCAUCAUUGGAUUGAAGGAAAUUGUCACGGCAAAUGUGCGCGUUGCCGGAAAAAGAUUAAAGGAUACAAUGGCAUAACUGGACUCCAUUGUCGAUGGUGUCAUAUUACUCUCCACAAUCGCUGUGUGGGCAGCGCCGGUGGAGCGUGUACUCUGGGUCGUCACGCGAAGCACAUCCUACCCCCCACAGCCAUACGACCAUUGGUCCUGGAUCGACAGCGCUCUUUGCCCCAUAAACCGCAGGCGGAACAGCAAACUCUUCCUAUCUCCAUCUCUCUACCGAUCUCAAUCUCCGCGGGGGCAGAAGAAAAGAAAGAGCAAAAGAAAGAGCACCGAGCCCCACCCAUCUCCUUCCAGAUAACACCUCCAGAGGGAACUUGUCCUCUUCUCGUAUUCAUAAACCCCAAAAGUGGGGGGAGACAAGGCUCGAGAGUGCUGAGGAAGCUUCAGUACAUCUUGAACCCGCGUCAGGUUCAUGACAUUGCCAAGGGUGGUCCUAUGCAAGGCCUACAAAUGUUCAAAGAUGUGAAGAACUAUAGAGUUAUAUGUUGUGGUGGUGAUGGUACUGUCGGCUGGGUAUUGGAAACUAUGGACAAGAUUCAAAUGGAGAUGCAGCCCGCAGUCGGGGUAAUACCAUUGGGCACUGGAAACGAUCUGGCUCGUUGUUUACGAUGGGGUGGGGGGUACGAAGGUGAAUCAAUACACAAGAUAUUGGAUAAAAUAGCUCGAGCAAGCACCAUCAUGAUGGACCGGUGGCAGAUACAUGUCGAGAAUAUGACUCACGAUUGUGAAUUGGUGCAAAUGCCUGACUCAGCGCCCCAUCCCACUUCUGUGCCAUAUAACAUCAUUAACAAUUACUUUUCUGUUGGAGUCGACGCAGCAAUUUGCGUGAAGUUCCACACGGAGCGUGAACGGAAUCCCGACAAGUUCAGUUCCCGGAUGAAAAAUAAAUUGUGGUACUUUGAGUUUGCGACGUCGGAGCAAUUCGCCGCCAGCUGCAAGAAUUUACAUGAGAAUAUAGAUAUUGUUUGUGACGGGUCAUCGCUGGAACUAAGCAAGGGUCCGGCAUUGCAAGGUGUGGCGUUACUAAAUAUCCCGUACGCGCACGGCGGUUCAAAUCUAUGGGGCGCUAGUGGGGCUCAUAGGAGGGGGCGAUUUCCUAAUGCGCAACAAGAUAUUGGCGAUAAGCUAAUCGAAGUUAUAGGAUUAGAAAACUGCCUGCAUAUGGGACAAGUGCGGACGGGUCUUCGUGCAUCUGGUCGUCGAUUAGCGCAAUGCAGCUCCAUCACUAUCACCACGAAGAAGACCUUCCCCAUGCAGAUUGAUGGAGAACCUUGGAUGCAGACUCCUUGCAAGAUAACCAUAACACAUAAGAACCAAGUUCCUAUGCUGAUGGGACCAGCUCCGGAGAAAGGCAGAGGAUUCUUCAAACUGUUCACGCAUUGUUAAUUAAUUUCUAAAGUGCGAUAGAGAUGAAUAUAUGUUUUAGUAAUAAAAUUCCGUGAUUAAAAAAAAAUUAAAGCUUGCAUGACGAUUCUGAUGAAUGUGUUGCUGAGAUACCUUUUGUUAGCGCAGAAAUACUUUUAAUGGAUUUUGAAAAACCAAAAUUACCUCAAAACGUGCUUUUGAUCAAGUUAUAUUUAAAAAAAACUGGUCUUCAGGCGGCCUAAAGGAUUUUUUUCUUAAUACCCGAUAUUAUUUGGACAUUUUUGAACGAAAAAUUAAAAAGGGUUUGUCAUGUUUUGUUACAAUAUGUGUUCUGUGCAUUUUUAAAGGCGUAAGCCAGUUAUUUUGCCAUAAUUCACGUUUUUUUUUAAUUUCCACGUUUUUUAUUUUACGGCUAUCUUCAAAAGAAGUGAAGUUUUAAGGCAAAAUCUGACCAAGUUACUUGCGUAUAUAAAUUUCAUCUAUUUUCCGGAAUCUUCUGUUUCCACCCUACAUGCUAGUUUUGCUAGAGUAUAUUUUUUCUAGAAACCUAGAAAACUCCAUACCAGUUUAAAUGCCGAGAUUAUUUGGGCAUUUCUUUUUCAGAAUAAUUAUUAAAAAGGGGUCAUAUUAUGUUACAAUAUGUGUUCUGUGAAUUAUUUUUAAAGGUAAUUUAUUAUGCCAGUUAUUUUGCCUUGAAUUACGACGCUUUUUAAAUUUCCACACCUCAAAAGAAGUGAGCUUUUCGAACGCAAAAUCUGACCAAGUUACAAUAUAAUAUCAUAUAUUUUCCAAAAUCUUUUGUUCCUACGCGUUUUGCUAAGCUAUUUUCCAAACAGUAAUAUAAAUGAAAUAUUUGUAAAAAAAAUUAGUUACUGUACUGUAUAAUAGUUUUGGUGAUUUUAAUUAAAUAUUGACCAACACUUAACACAAAAUAAUUUGGUCAAAACACAAAAGUAACAAUUAUAAGAGUUCUUUUAAGGGCGAGAAUGUGAAGCAAAAGACGAAACCAAGCCAUGGAUUAUGAUUGGUCUACUCUCAACAGCAUCUCUGACGCAUUGAUACCCGUCACUAUACGUCUUUUGUUUCUCAGUCUCACCUCUAUAAAGACAAUGCCAUUGAAACGACUGUAACAAAUAACACAGUAAUAUGAAAAAAAAAGGUUUCAAAGAAAUUAAACAAUAUUUAAGCCAUUACUAAAAUGUCGUCCAUUUCAAAUACUGUUUAUAUAUAAACUGGACGAAACAUAUAUUUUAUAGAAAAUCUAUGUGAAAUUUAUCUUGAGCAAAUAUUAUUUUGAAGGCCUCAUGCUGUGAACACAUAUAUAUAUGUUGACUCUACACUUAACGUUAGGAUUCGACUGAUUUUUUUUUGCAUUUUUUAAAUUAUAUAUUGCAAAACACACUCAAAAUGUAAUCUCUAUAUUUGUACCAUGAUUUUGACAAAAUAUUAAAUUGAAUAGAUAAAUACUUGUAUUAAUGUGUAUGGGAAAUCUAAGUUCUGUGUUAUAAGUAUAAGCGUGUCCAAUACAAAAAUUAAAAUAAAUUUUAUUUUAAUGUAAUAUUUUGUUAAUGUCACUUACAAAUUAUUUUAGAAAACCUAUUGAUCAAGCUUUUUGUAAAUAUAGUGCAAAUUAAAACAACGUCCCAAUCUUUUGAAAGUCGGUGAAUCUUUGAUCUUGAAUAAGCAUGUAAAUUAUGUUAAGUUUCAUUCUGUAAAUACAAUUAUUGAUGGUUUAAUCUGCUCUUACUGCAAGCGAUGACGUCAUAACCUGAAACGCUCUACCGAAGUUAAUUCCUACCUCUAACGAUAUAUA